AUGUUCUGUGGCCCUCUACUCUUGAACAUAACUCAGUCAUCUGUGUGACAUUCACAAUAGGCCAAAUUCUGUCUUUUGUCCAUUAUUUCCUCACAGAAUUUCCACAUGUCAUUUGUGCUGUAAAAUGUAAACAAUGAACUGCAGAGCAGCCUCAGCCUUGUUCUCCUCCCCUAUGGACAGAACAUCAGGCAAGUCCACUUUGGCAGCGAACAGUUGUUGGUUGGCCUCAACCCACUCUGCUGCAUGUCUGCAAUCCCAAAGAAUGCGAUCUUCAACCGAGUCCUAUGGAAAAGACAGAAAGAUGUUUGCACCACAGCUGCUGCACCAACUGCUCCCCAGUGCAAACUGGGGAGCAGUGCAAAAUUCCAUAGGAAGAAAAAAGGAGUUCCUGCUCUGGCGAGCCUUCCCACAAUCGGGUCCAGAGGGAACAUCUUGUACGUGCAUUCUUAGAAUAUCCUGUCCACUACUUGGAUCGAGGGCUUUUGCUUCCCUCCCCUCAUUGCUUCCUACCCCUGCAGCGACGCGCAACAGGAUUUCAGCCCGUAGGCACAGAACACCCCCUGGGAAGAUGUGGGGGAACAGAGAAUCGGUCCUUGCUCUUGUCGUUGUCGCAGCUCUUCAUGGCACAUUAAACGGUGCAAAAGAACUGGAUAUGGCCGUGGAUUCAGUGGACGACCGGUAUAAUGGAUGCCGUGCCGAUGCCCUGAAGGGACUGCCUGACCAGCUGAAGGUUGAGCUGGCCGCCAGCCCAGAGUUCAAAGUGGCCUGGGAAACCAAAAAGGGUUGUAAUGCGGUUGUGCCCGGAGGCCUACCGGAGCACAGCCAGGCGCUGCGGGCCUACUUAAACGCAGAGGAAGCAUUCAAGGUCCAGUUUAACAACGCUGUGGCAACCAUGGGCGGCAAUCACAGCUUCCCCUUCUAUUCCCUCCACUUCCUGCUUACGGACGCAAUGACGUUGCUGUCAGGGAAGGAGGGCACGAACAGGACCGUGUACAGCCUAUCUCGGCAGUUAUACACCGCGAAGAAGGGCGCAAAGGUGAAGUUGGGCGGAUUCACGUCAGCCUCCAAGGAUAGAUCGCUGCUGAUAGAGGACCCUGAUUUGGAGGGAGGGGUUCUGUUCAGCAUCACGACCUGCCUCGCGGCCAACCUGGAGAUGGAAUGCGAGGACGUCGAGACGCUCCUGUUGCCCGCUGAAGAGUUUACGGUGGAGGACAUCCACAAGGUUGAUGACGAGGACUACAACAGCUACACCAGCAUCACUCUGAAGCAUUCCGGUUUUUCCUCUAAACACAACUGUCACUUACCUGCUCGGCUCCAGAAAGGAAAUUCCUCCACCAAAGUCGUUGGCUGCAUAUGGGCGGUGUACCUAACGGUUGCUCUCUUCGGCCUGUUAAAAUAGUCCUCAAACACACUUUUCCAUGGAGGAAAGGAAGCCGGGGGGGGGGGGGGGGGGGGGGAACCGAUGAUGCGUUGCGCAUUUUUCAUCACCCUCUGCAAUGCUUCCCGGUCAGAGACAUAACAUCGCUGUUGAUCUUCCCUGUAGUCAGACUGCUUUCUGAUGUCUCCUCCGCACGCUCCCCCCACAUGUUAUUCUCUAUAGGCUGGAUACCGUCCCCUCCCUGGAACACAUUUGAUCAUGUUUGUCAUGUAUUAUGCUAUUAUGUUGGGUUGUGAGCAAACACACCCUAAAAGUGUAAGGCGAUAGAAGUUAUAUGACGGUGGAAGGGGUGAAGAGAGAGAGCGCUCCAAUGUUGCCAAUGAUCUUUGACCCCCUGUUCCUGAGUCUUUGUUUAGCUGGGCGCCUGGUCAAGGCUGUGUGAGUGGAGAUUACACUGGAAAGAAUUCAGGAGCUCAGAGAGAUGAGGAGGAAGUGGGAGAAGUGGUUGGUAAAAAGCCUUUGUAUAAGGUUUCAAUCAUCCACAAACUUCAGAUCACAAAGACGGACUAGUCGAAUAUUGAAUCAAUCUCAAUAAUGUUGCUUUAUAAAAUUCAUUGGAAAAAGUUUAUUGCAAGUAAAUGUAGACCCAAAGAAAGAUGUGGUAAAGUGUUUGUGUGUUGAAUGUAUUUAGCAUAUUCUUUAAUCCCAGAUAGAGGUAGCAGAGAGGUGUGGCCGGAAACCAGAAACGGCGAGGGGCGGAGUUACGCCUGAGAGUGGAUGAAGCUGUCAGAAGGGGAUAUAAAAACACAUUAAAUGCACAUAUGACCAACCAAUUUAGUUUGAUGUUGUUUAUUUAACAUGAAAUUCAUAUUAAGGACAGCUUCUGUAGUAUUGGAAACUACAGCAAUAAGGCUAAUUAUUGUACAAACAAUUAGAUAUAAUAGUAAUAAAAAAACAGUUAUAUUUACCACUAGGGGGUACAAUCAUUGAAAUGGACAAACUAAAAACCAAUUUAUAAUAAAUAACAUUUUAAAUCCUGGAAGGAAAUUAUAACCAAAUUACAGACUGAUUUGAAGAGCUUUCCCAGUUUUUGUUAAAAUAAAUCUAAUCCGGCAUAUAGGCAGACACUACAACGCCCAGUUUUUCUUGGAAUUGAUUUUUCAGGGCAAAAGCGAUUCCAAACUAAGAUCAGAUCAUGUAAUCCAAUUUAACAUUUGAUCUAGAUCAAACUUGCCCUUUGGGUUUUUCAAAACUUUGAACUCGGUUUUGGAUCUAUUGGAUCCAAAAAAAAACAGGAUUGCCCUGAUCCCAUCGGAAGGGUGGAUUCAGUUGGUUAUCCUAACACUAGGUUUUUGGAUCACAGCGAUCCUAUCCAAUGUUCCUUUAAAAACUGGCAUAACAUUAAAAUGGAUCAGGUGAUCCUGGAUAGCAAAACAUGGGAUUUCCAAAUCCAGAUAAAUUUGAUCCAAACUUUUUUUUUUUUUUUUAUCCAAAAAAUAUAAAAACUGGGCUUUUGCCAGACUUCGUGGUAUUGGGUCCUAUUUUCCCUGUUUGUCAUCCAGACGUUACAGUAAGAACUGGCAACAGCAUUAUAUUCAGCAAACUCAGAUUCUAUGCAGGCCCCAUUGCAAACCCAAGGGAACCAGAUUCUCCACCCUGAGGAGCAAAUCACCUCAAUCUGCCAUGGAGUAAGGGAGCUGGCAGGAUGCAAUUAUGGCUUUCAGUCUUCCAUCUGAUAUCAGGUCGGUCGGAUGAGUGACUAACUUCAGCAGUUAAUGGCAAGUCUGGCAAUCAUUGUCCCGUCUCUGCUUCCAGCACCAGCUCUGGCCAAUGACUCUGUUCCUGUUCUUCCUGUACCUGUUCCAGCUCCCAAGCCAGCCCCGGUUCCUCAUCUUUCCCGAUCGGAACAUUUUUCCUGCGACUCUGGGAAUUGCGUUCCUGGUCUAGUGUGGGCUACAUUUUGAGUGGCAUGCGCUUUCUUUGCAGGCGGAAGGUGCAAAGGUUACAAGGCCACAGCCGAGUGGUCCUGGAAUUCUAAUUCGAGUUGACAGUGGCAGCGGCUGGAACCAUUUGGCACCUCUAGAGAUUCCUCCGGACCUGGAUUCUUUAUUCGCCCUAGUCAUUUGGAUUGACAAUCGUCUCCAAGAGGGAGGGCAGCCGGAUGCCGUUCACAUUUAUUUUUGCCCCUUGUCUCCUCAUUGCUUACUGAAGGCUGAGUCAUCAUCUACUUAUUGUUCGCAUUUACUGUUUGGCCUGUCUAUUGAAAGUUAGAGCUCACCCCUGAGGAGGGCACUGGUGUGCCGUACAACUUCCUCUGUUUAUCUCCUUCGACCUGUCACUCGUGCUCAGCGCUAGUCGACUCUGGGGCUGAUGAGAGAUUUAUGGAUUGGAGGUUAGCUAAGAGACUUGAACUCAAUUGAAUUCCCUUGCCCAAGCCAUUAGUAGUUAAUGCUCUGGAUGGAAUUCCCUUUUACAUCCUAUUAUUCUGGGUUUUCCCAGCUCACCAAAUGUAACCUUCAGUCUGCAUUUGUCCCUUCUGUCCACAAAAAUAAUGGAUUAGGCGCUUUUUUCUUUAAAGUUAUUGAGAAACAUUGAGAAGUUAUUAGUUAUUGAGAAACAUCUAUAUAAAAAAAAUUAUAUAUUUGCAAACAUAUAUCAACAUUAAUUGUUAUAUACUUUUACAGUAUAUAAUAUGUUCAUAUAUUAGUUAUAUAUAUUACAAUGUAAAAGCACAUAAAAAGAAAAGUUAAAAGGUACGCCAAACUAUUUUUUCCAAAGUCAAUAAAAUAAUUACAAAUCAUGGACCUGAAUGGGACUGUAAACAUGCGUGAUUUCCGAUAUGCAAUAAAGCAACAUUGUUGUUGCUAGGGUCAUGUCUACUUCCACUUUUCGCUAAGAUCAUGUUUACUUGAAUUUAUGGUUAUGUCCACUUGUUGUUAGGGUCAUGUCUACCUAUAGGGUCAUAUCUACUUGUUUCUACUGUCAAGUCUACCUGAUGGAGUGCUUUAAGUGAGGGAGGAGGUCAUGAAACCAGUCCUCCCAGGACCUCCCUACUCCUAAUGCCAACAGAGAAGACAAGAGGACAAAAGGUGUUCAUGUGUGCGUUCAUCAGUCAGAACCAGGGAAUGUUAAGACUAACAGGGGCUUACACAUUGUGAUUUGUUGGUUUGAUUGCUUGAUACUAAAUAACCAUGGCAAUUUGUCAAUCAGAUUAUUUUUAUUAGAAUCUGAAUCUGUGCAAUCCGAUAUUCUGCUGCUGCAGUAAAACCAGGAAUUCUGUUAUACAAAGGAGUGUGCAUGUUUUGAAAAAAUAAAUAAAAUACACAAAAAAUAUAUUAAACAGUGGGACCACCAACACGUAUCAAUGCACUGUGAUACUAUGAUGAAAUUUACUCAAUUAAAGUAAAAUUACUGGCAUGAAAAAAAGUAAGAAUUCAAAUAAAGCCAUUCAGGAAAGAAAAAAAAUCUGCGUUUCACACGUUCUCAAAGCCAAUGCUUAAUGGCAACGAUGUAUCUUGAUUUUCCAAAAACUAACCACUUUGAGACUAAAUCAAAUCAGCUGGACAACACAAGUUUAUAUUAGGUUUGUGCGCAGUGGGCAGGUGUAUAAAUAAUUAUUCUCUUGAAUUCUCCUUCCUUACAUUUA